GCGCCCCGAGCUAGGAUGCAAGGAGGACGGAUCCAUCAGGACGGUAACCAAGACGAGUAUUACAGGAUUUGGCCAAGCAAAUCGCAGCGGCCUUCGGCCAACUCCUCUCCUGUUCAUUGGCCACCUGGAAACUCCAGCCCCUCCGCGCUGCCCUCCGCUCCGCCGGAAGCCAAUCGGCAGCAGCGGCGCUCCGUCACCAGGCGUCAUCGCCGACCGCGCGUGCCAUUGGCCCAGGGAGCUGCCGAUCGAAGGGUAGGCGGGGCCGCGCCGGCCGGCCUAUAUAAGCGGAGGACAAAGGCGGCGCGCCGCCUGUGUCAUCCGCCAUCUUGUGCGAAGCAAGGUGGCCUCCACGUUCCCCGAGCGUCUUCUCCGCUUCUGCCUCGACCGCCCCUUGAUCACAGACAUGUCUCGGGACCGGUUCCGGAGCCGCCGCAUCAGCCGCCGCAUCAGCAGCCGCCGCCGCCGCAGGACUCGUCCAAGCCUGUGGGUCCUCAGGGGCCCGGCCCGGCGCCGGGAGUGGGCAGCGCGCCGCCGGCCUCCGGCUCGGCACCGCCCGCGACUCCUCCGACCUCGGGGGCCCCUGCGGGCCCGGGGCCCACCCCGACUCCGCCGCCCGCCGUCACCUCGGCGCCGCCUGGGGCGCCCCCGCCCGCGCCGCCGAGCAGCGGGGUCCCCACCACCCCGCCCCAGGCCGGGGGCCCGCCGCCUCCGCCCGCAGGGGGCCCGGGCCCGGGGCCUAAACAGGGCCCAGGCCCCGGAGGCCCGAAAGGCGGCAAAAUGCCGGGCGGGCCGAAGCCCGGCGGCGGCCCGGGCCUGAGUACCCCCGGCGGCCACCCCAAGCCGCCGCAUCGGGGCGGCGGGGAGCCGCGCGGAGGGCGGCAGCACCACCCGCCCUACCACCAGCAGCACCACCAGGGGCCCCCGCCCGGCGGGCCCGUCGGCCGCAGCGAGGAGAAGAUCUCCGACUCGGAGGGGUUCAAAGCCAACUUGUCGCUCCUGAGGAGGCCCGGAGAGAAAACCUAUACGCAGCGCUGCCGGUUGUUUGUCGGGAAUCUACCUGCUGACAUCACGGAGGAUGAAUUCAAAAGACUCUUUGCUAAAUACGGAGAACCAGGAGAAGUUUUUAUCAACAAAGGCAAAGGAUUUGGGUUUAUUAAACUUGAAUCUAGGGCAUUGGCUGAAAUUGCCAAAGCUGAACUGGAUGAUACACCCAUGAGGGGUAGGCAGCUUCGGGUUCGCUUUGCCACACAUGCUGCUGCCUUGUCCGUGCGAAAUCUUUCACCUUAUGUUUCCAAUGAACUGUUGGAAGAAGCCUUUAGCCAAUUUGGUCCUAUUGAGAGGGCUGUUGUAAUUGUGGAUGAUCGUGGGAGAUCUACAGGGAAAGGCAUUGUUGAAUUUGCUUCUAAACCAGCGGCAAGAAAAGCAUUUGAAAGAUGCAGCGAAGGUGUUUUCUUACUGACAACAACGCCUCGUCCAGUCAUUGUGGAACCACUUGAACAAUUAGAUGAUGAAGAUGGCCUUCCUGAAAAACUUGCACAGAAGAAUCCAAUGUAUCAAAAGGAGAGAGAAACACCUCCUCGUUUUGCCCAGCAUGGCACAUUUGAGUAUGAAUAUUCUCAGCGAUGGAAGUCCCUGGAUGAAAUGGAAAAACAGCAAAGGGAACAAGUUGAAAAAAACAUGAAAGAUGCGAAAGACAAAUUGGAAAGUGAAAUGGAAGAUGCCUAUCAUGAGCAUCAGGCAAAUCUUUUGCGUCAAGAUCUGAUGAGACGCCAGGAAGAAUUAAGACGCAUGGAAGAACUUCACAAUCAAGAAAUGCAGAAACGUAAAGAAAUGCAACUGAGGCAAGAAGAAGAACGGCGUAGAAGGGAAGAAGAGAUGAUGAUUCGGCAGCGUGAGAUGGAAGAACAAAUGCGACGCCAAAGAGAGGAAAGUUAUAGCCGGAUGGGCUACAUGGAUCCAAGAGAAAGAGACAUGAGAAUGGGUGGUGGAGGAGCAAUGAACAUGGGAGAUCCCUAUGGUUCAGGAGGCCAGAAAUUUCCACCUCUAGGUGGUGGUGGUGGCAUAGGUUAUGAAGCUAAUCCUGGAGUCCCACCAGCAACCAUGAGUGGUUCCAUGAUGGGAAGCGACAUGCGUACUGAGCGCUUUGGGCAGGGAGGUGCGGGACCUGUGGGUGGACAGGGUCCUAGAGGAAUGGGGCCUGGAACUCCAGCAGGAUAUGGUAGAGGGAGAGAAGAGUAUGAAGGCCCAAACAAAAAGCCCCGAUUUUAGAUGUGAUAUCUAGGUUUUCAUUCCAGUUUGUUUUUGUCUUUUCUUGUUUAGAUACCAAUCUUUUAAAUUCUUGCAUUUUAGUAAGAAAGCUACCUUUUUAUGGAUGUUAGCAGUUUAUUGACCUAAUAUUUGUAAAUGGUCUGUUUGGGCAGGUAAAAUUAUGUAAUGCAGUGUUUCAAACAGGGGAAUUUUUUUCCUUUUUAUUUCCUUUUUUUUUUUUUAACUGUAUAAUGUCCCUCAAGUUAUGGCAGUGUACCUUGUGCCACUGAAUUUCCAAAGUGUACCAAUUUUUUUUUACUGUGCUUCAAAUAAAUAGAAAAAAUAGUUAUAAUAUGGAUCUUCAACUUUGCCAUUCAUGCUUCUAUGCACAUUAGGCUAGGUAUUCCACUUUGAAAGCAUGAGCGUGUCUAGGCCUUUGAAUGGCACAUGCCAUUUCUGGGAAAUGUAUCUGUAGGCUAAGUAUUGCUUUCUAAAAAUAAGUACCCCCUUGUUUUAAAAAGAAGAAAUGCAUAUUGAAGUAGUUUCAUGAUUUGAUUUGUUUGGCAUUAUAGGAAGCAAGCUGGUGCUAAGUAUUUUUAAAUGGUUAUGUAAGCAAGCUGAACUGUAAAUCUUCCUUCAGGAAUGUGUAUUAAGAUUAUGGAAUGGGUGAAAGACUAUGGAUAGGGGAGAAAGUGGGUAUGACUAAAUGGAUCUUUAUGGCCCUAUGAUCUAUCCUUUCCUUGAAAGUUUCUGAAGAAAAGUGGAAAGAUCAUUCUGUUGCAUUCCUCCAUUCUUGUUUUUAAAAGAACAAGUCCCAAGCCCUACAAAUGGCUUGUACUGAACUUUCACAUUUGAAUUAAAGAUUGUUAAACAUGAAGCCUUUUCAUGUAUUACUUCAAGCGAUUUAUGAAGAUGGGGAUUUAGUCUGAAAAAAGCAACUUGAAAGUAAGAAGCGUAGUAACCAUAAAGUAGGUGUAGCUAUAUAUACAUUUGUAUUCUGUAACUUUUACAUCUCCUUGUGCUACUGCUGGUGGGCAAAAUCUGUAGGACUAAAAAUCUUAUUCUCUUGUCUAAGAACUAGUGGUGACUGUAAAUGACAAAUAGGGUUGCAGAUAACGAUUCUUACUGUAAAAUAUUUGUUAACCUGUUUUUCCAUAGUUUACUUUCGAUGUAGCACUAAAUCUGGAGAGAGUUGCUCAUGUUACACAGUACAAAUAGCCCUUUCUCCCACCAUAAAGUUUUGGAGUGUUUCGAUGGUGUUGUCAGUUGUCAACUUCAUUGAAUCUCCUUCCAUUAGGAUAAGACAUUCUGACUUACUACUACAGUAGAUUGUUACUGUUGACUGUUAGUACGACCGGGAACCUGUUGUCCCAGUGCAUAUAUGUUAGCAGAGGAACGACUUCCUAAAAGUAGGUAAAGUAACUGAACGGUUUGGCUUUGUUCUUAGAUGUGUCCAUUCAAAUUUGUACAUUACAGAACUCUUCCUAUGGAAUGUGUCUUCCUCCUUUUCACCUCUGUUGUUGGUGCUAAUUGGCAAAAGUAAAAUUCUAAAUCAAAUCUUGGUUAAAAUGCUGAAGGUCAGUAUUGUGCCUGAGUACAAAGGGAGACCUAUCGUUGAAACAAUUGAACACUUUGUGCAUAGGAAACUGGAUAAUACUAAAAGUAAAACACUAGUGGAGUAUAAAGGCAUGUCACUCAAUUCUGGUUGUGUGACUGACAGGUACAUUGUGUGCUAAUUAAGGAAGAGAAUCUCCUUAGAAAAUGCUCAUUAUUUCUUCACCAAGAAAGACACUUGGAAAUGGGUAGUAGUUCUACCAUAAUUCUAUCAAUGAGGAAGUUUUGUCCUAAGUCAUUAAUUGGUGAUAUGUAUGAGGUUUUCUGUAUGGAAACAAGGGUCUGGAUUGGAAAGGAAUCCAUUACAAUUUGAUUGAAUUGUAUGGUAGGGACUCCACUAAUGAUAAAAUAAGGGGUGUUCAUGGGACACCCAUAGAGGGUGAACUUGAAUGUGUGUGUGGGGGGGGCUGGUGGGGAAGUGGGAAAAUCUGCCUAUAAAAUUAAUGUUUCAGUUUAUUUUUCAGAUUACAUGCCUUUCUUUAUAAGGGAUGCUGGCACAGACCCCUAAAAUAAGAUUUUGUUAGUACUAUACCUUUGAAGAGUGGUGAAGGAUGCUAAUGGAUAAUCUCCUGAAAGUUGUGGUUUUGAUAGCCUUACUGUGGGCUGUAGAAUUGCUAAACCUUGUUUAGCAAAUAAUGUUGCUUAGUUUCCACUAAGUUUUGCCUUUCAUCCCUGAAGCAGCAGUGUACCAAGGGUUGUAAGCUACUCAAAUAGACUUUUCAAUAAGUCUUGCAAUGCAUAUGAUAGUUUUUAGACUAAUGUGAAUUUAAAUCAUCUUAAAAAGGAAUUUCCUAAAAACUGAUAAGAACAUGGGGUGGGAAAGGGAAUGUAGUACUUUUGGAGUAUUUUAGCCAUUUUUCUCAUUUAAAGAAACCACCUGCCCCCAUUUCCUCUUCUCUACUUUCUCUCAUAAUUAUGUUUUAAGAGGAACACUGAUCCGUUUUAAGCUUAUUACUCCUAAUCUUUAAAAAUUGCAUUCUCUAAGAGACCCCAGUGUAUUUAAUAGGUACCUUAUAAGAUGAACCCAGUGGCUCACAUUCAGUGAAACCAUAAUCCUCUUGGCUUAGAACACUAAUUAAACUCCUAAGAAGUACUGUAAACCCCACCACUCUAUAUAUAGAUGUAUUAUAACACUAAUAUAAACAGAUAAUCUGGGAAAUUGUAACGUUACGCCUGUGCAAUUUUUUUAUAAGUGGCAUAUCAUGGCAGACAAAAAUUUAGAUACUUGGCUUUUCUUGGGCAAGCCACUAUGUUGUGGCGGAAUGUUUUCUGGUGUUCUUGGACUGCAAUUAUGCACUAUUAAAGUAGUGGCCUGCUACAUAACUGCAUUUAGCCAGCAUUUCUGCAGUGCGUAACUGUGAGGAACGUAGUACCGCAAAUGGCAAUGGACAUUAGGACCCGGAUGUAGUAUUCCUGCUUGCUCCAAGAUUCUCAUUGCCGACUGCAUACAGGUAAGAAUGAUUGAUGUUGGCUGAUACUGGAGUACUUACUCCAAGUGGAUAAGCUAUUAGUCUCAAGACGACAUCACACAUCGUGAGCCAAGAAGGAAAGCCACGACUUGUUAGGCUGAGGAAGUGUCUAGGAUCAGGUGAACUGUGUCCAGAAAACCAGUGAGGAAGAGGACAAAGAGGAAUGAGCAACCCAAUUGUUAAUAAAGACAUUUUUAAAUCA